CGAAAGAAAAUUUAGUGCAUCAUAUGCAGAAAUAAAAUGCUUUUUAUAUUAGUUUUAAUAUUAUUUUCAUUAAUAAUAUUUAAUUUUCAAAAAUAUUGGAUACGUUUCAAGUUAGCAUUUAAAAUUCCUGGGCCAUGGUUUAUACCGUUUAUUGGUUGUGUUCAAAUUGCAGCAAAAUUGAAACCUGAAGAAAUUACUGGUGUCGUACAAAAUCUUCGUGAAAAAUACAAGAGAACAUUUAGACUAUUUUUAGGACCUAAUUUAUGGGUAUUUUUACAUACACCACAAGAAAUAAAAGAGGCUUUAAACAAUUUAACAUUAAGAAGAGCAGCAGAUUUUCAACAAUUAAAACCAAUUCUCGGCGAAGGUUUAUUAUUAAGUGAAGAAAAAAAAUGGAUUACUAGAAGAAGAGCUUUAACACCUGCAUUUCAUGCAAAACUUUUACAAGAUUUUACAGGAAGAAUAAUAUUUCAUGCCGAUGUUUUAAUUAAAAAUCUUGAAAGAACUUGUGGAAAACCUAUAGAGAUUUCUGAUAUGAUUUUUCAUUGCAUAUUAGACACAAUUUGUGAAACUUCAAUGGGAGCUGAAAUAAAUUCGCAAAGUGAUUCUAAUUGUCCAUAUGCGAAAGCUUAUCAUCAAGCAUUCCAUAUAUUAUUUCAAAGGAUGGUUAAUCCAUUAUUAGGGUUUGAUUUUAUUUUUAAUCGAUUAGAAGCUUCGAAACAAUUAUCGAAUUCAAUUAAAAUAAUUCAUGAUAUGACUGGAAAGUUAAUAAAGGAGAGACGUGAGCUUAUUACACAACAGUAUAACGCCAAUAAUGAAAAUGAAUUAAAUGAAAUUUUAAAAGAUGAAAUCGGAAAACAAAAGAAAAUGGCAAUGUUAGAUAUUUUAUUAAAUAUUAAUAUUGAUGGAAAAUAUUUAUCUGAUCAAGAUAUAAAAGAUGAAGUUAAUACAUUUUUAUUUGCGGGAGUUGAUACAACAAAGGCUGCAAUGUGUUUUGCUCUAUAUAAUUUAGCAAAAUAUCCAAUAAUACAAAAAAAAAUUUAUAAUGAAAUUUCAUUAAUUAAAUCAACAUUAAAUGAAUCUACAAUAACUAUGGAACAAAUAAAAUCAUUAAAUAUUUUAGAUCAAUUUUUAAAAGAAUCUUUGAGACUUCAUACAAUAGUACCUAUGACAGGCAGGAAAACAACUUGUGAAAUAAAAAUUGGUGAUAUAAUUUAUCCAAAAAAUAUAUCAAUUUGGAUUAAUAUGUAUGGAUUAGCACAUGAUGAAAAUUUUUUUUCAAAUCCAUAUGAAUUUGAUUUGGAACGUUUUUCAAAAGAUAGUGAAAUUAUAAAUCAAUAUACAUAUUUACCAUUUUCAGCUGGACCACACAAUUGUAUUGGUAAACGUUAUUCUGAACUAAUAAUGAAAAUUAUAUUAAUACAAAUUAUAGAAAAUUUUAAACUUUCAUUAAGAAAUCCAAAUGAAAAAUUAGAAUUAAUUUCAGAAAUGGUGUUAUCAGCAAGACAAGGAUUUAAUUUAGUAUUUAAGAAAAGAAAGUGAAUAUGAAAUUGAAAAUUACUCUACUAUAACAAAAACAAUGCACUUUAUUUUUUUAUUAUAUAAUACAAAUUAUUUGUAAAAAACAAAACCCAAUCCUAUGUAAGACUGCACUUUUUAACUAUAAUGAAAAUAUUAUUUAGCACGAGUAUUAUAUUUACAUACAUAUAUACAUGAUUAAUGAUUAUAAAAUAAAGUUUAUAUAAAAAAUUUAACAAACGUACAUACACAAUAUUUUUGGGGUUCACAAUCCUAUUUUCAUCAGCUAACUUACAUAAAUUCUGUUAAUGCAGGAAGGUCAGAAAUAACUUCUUCUAUCAUGAAAAAUUAUUAGAAAAAAUUCAGGCUAUGUCAAAUAAAAAAGUUUUUGAGGCGAUUUUUCUCCCACAUAGAUUUCUGUUUUCUCCGAAAUUUAUGCAAAAUUAUUUGGUUUUUAAAAGAAUUAUUUCAGUACAUAGAUCGUUUCCAUUACUUAGGCCACAAAAUGUAUAUCUUUUAUUAUAUGUAUCAUCAUAUGAAUUAAACUCCGGUCUAAAAUAUGCUGUUUUGGAAACCAUAGAUUUAAUCAACUAUAUUUUCUUUAACAUUAUAUUAUAUAAAAUUUCAAUAAACCAAACUUGUUGAAUAGUAUUGAAAAAGAAUAUUGUCAAAAAAAAAUAAUUUUUCAAAAAACUAAAAACAAAUUUAAUAAUUUUAAUUGGAGAAAAUGAUAAAAAAUUAAUGAAAAUAAA